AUGCAAAAUAAACCCGACAAGUUGCCUACCAGCCUCCCCAACAGCACAGGUCUGGUGCCUUGCAGUGCUCCAAAUACUUCUGUUCAAGGAAAUACAAGCAAUUUUGCCCAUGGUGCAUUUAUCUGUCCACCUGGCUACACUUGUAAAGGAUACUGGGAGGGUCCUAAUUAUGGGAUUACUAGUUUCGACAAUAUUGGCUUUGCUAUGCUAACUGUUUUUCAAUGCAUUACGAUGGAGGGUUGGACUGAAGUAAUGUAUAAGGUAAUUGUACAUAUAUAA